AUGGAUGACAGCCUCUCCAGGCUUGAGGAGCAGGCGCGCUCGAUCGAGAGGACAAUCCCAUCCAAAUCCACCGGCAAGGCAGUACUAGAUGCCACCAUCAAGACUGCCGAGUUGUACUUUCAGGCUCUUCGCCUCGCUGACAAACCUUCAGACAAGCAGAGGCUCGACACCAGGUUCAACGAACUCCUAGCGCGGGCCGAGCGGCUCAAGGCAGCCCAGAAUGAACAGAACAGACUGGUCCCUGCGGCAGGAUCGCGAGAGCUCCUCGAACCACCUGUUUCGCGCCGCGAGCUCACGACGCGAGAAAAAAUAAUACUCCUGGAGGGUGGUAAACUGAAUGGUUUCAAGUUCACGCCUUGGACGGCUCCACCAUCCUCGGGUGAAUUUGCCCUUCGUGAUGGCGACGCUUUAUUCACAGACUCGAGGUCGCUGCCUCUGUCCACGGCGCAGCUUGAAUCGUUUGAUGGUUGGAAACGACCGCAGCAAGCACUUCCGUCAGUUCACUGCGACCCCAGUGGACAAAAUGGUAUUGACGCUGCCGUCAUGUAUUUGCCUGAGCCUAUGGACCUCGUGCAAGACAUGACAUCGGACUGUUCAGUGGUUGCAAGCCUGUGUGCGCUAUCCUCCAGGGUAGAGCGUGGGUUUCCCAAGAUCCUGCGAAGUGUAGUGCAUCCUUUCAACUAUGAGACUGAUCGAAUGAUUCUGUCGCCUAAUGGAAAAUACAUUCUCAAGUUAUAUUUCAAUGGUUGCUGGAGAAGGGUCGAGAUUGACGACUAUUUACCGUCCUCCAAGACUUCCCGAGUUCUUCAUGUGAUUGACCGCCGCCAUCCUACGUUACUAUGGCCAGCCCUGGUUGAGAAAGCAUAUCUAAAAGUUCGAGGCGGUUACGACUUUCCUGGGAGUAACUCUGGGACGGAUCUCGCCGUGCUUACCGGGUGGAUUCCUCAACAAGUCUUUCUCCACGACGAGGAUGUCGAACCAGAUCUCUUGUGGGAGGAGAUCAUUGCUCAGUUUCGAAGAGGAAAUGUUCUCGUCACCAUUGGAACUGGCAAAUUACCCCGCCGGGAGCAAAGACACCUCGGUCUCGCAGCAGAACAUGACUAUGCAGUCUUGGACAUGUCUACUAACGCUGAUGCCAAAGAGAUGCUCGUCAAAAACCCCUGGGCUGACGGAGAUGUAUGGCGGGGGGCGGCAAGGCGCCGACCGCAUCGAAACGACGAAGAGUCUCCAAUUGACACGCCUGAAAACGAAGAGAUGAUGCCUGGCACCUUCUGGAUGGGCUUCAAUAGCGUGUUCCAAUAUUUUGAGAAUAUGUAUCUCAACUGGAACCCUGCAUUGUUUUCUUAUCGAGAAGACCUUCACUUUUCGUGGGAUCAGGCUAAUGCCACGCCAACCGCCAGCUUGAUCGUCAACAAUCCCCAGUUUGCAGUGGCAGCUUCUGGUACAGGUGAAAUCUGGUUGUUACUGCAGCGGCACUUUCGAACAGGAGAUUACACGCAAGAGACGACAAAAGAAAAUGGAUAUAUCGGCCUCUCCUUGUAUUCUUCUGACGGCAACAGAGUUAUAUCGAGUGAAGGGGCAAAAAUACGGGGACCAUUUGUGGACUCUCCCAAUACCCUGUUGAGGUUCAAAGCUACUGCUCAAUCGGGCUAUACUGCAGUUUUGGUAUCACAGGGUCUUCCUCUUGGGAAGAUGAACUUUACAAUCUCGGCUUUGUCGAAACAUCCAGUAGCACUCUCGGAAGCACGACUGCCAUAUCCCCAGAAAUUCAGCCUCAGCUCCGCGUGGACCAGGUCAAACGCUGGAGGAAACUCGGACUCAGCAAACUACUUGUCCAAUCCCCAAUUUCGAAUGACCUUGUCCACUGCGCAGAGGAUUGCAUUAGUUCUGAGGAUUGUGGGAUCGGUCAAGCCUAUCGCUGCAGCAGAGCCCGAUAUCAACGUCAAAAUCCUGGUCCUCUUCAGCAACGGGUCAAGGAUUACCCGCCUCCGCCCGCGGGAUGUUCUCGCGCACUCGGGAGACUACCGACGUGGGAGUGCUGUUGUUGAAACCAAGCUAGGACCCGGUUCCUAUACGAUUAUUUGCUCUACGUUUGAUGAGGGCCAAUUUGCGGAUUUCUGCCUCGACCUAUACUCCUCUGCGGGCGAGAGCACAACUUUGAAUCAACUGCCAGCGGAAGGUGCUGGGCGAUUGAGCAUCAAAAGUAGUCCAGCAGUGUUCCACAGUUCCACAGAUCGCCUGCUCGCGCCGCUUACGGUGUCGAGGCUGUCUCGGAUCUCGUUCGUCGCGCGAUACGAAGUCGUCACCACUGCGCAAGCGCACUCCUCGCUCUUCAAGAUGACACUCGAGCGAGGACAAGGGCCGUACAAGGACAUUCUCGCAACCAGCGAGAUCGACAACGAAGAAUUCAGCAGUAUCUCAUCGGGUCUUCGGAUUAUCGAUAUCGAUCUUCACCCGUCGCUGUGCGGGCCUGGCUCUAGUGGUCUAUGGCUUGUUCUCGAGCGACUGCCGCGAGGUGGCCAGAGCGAUGGAGAGGACGGGGUCGUUGAGAAGAGCGAUGAGAUUUUGCACGUCGAAAUGUUUACGGAUGAGAGAGUUGAGCUGGGCGCCUGGGGCCUGGGAUACGGUUGA